CAUGGACGCCUCGAAGCCUGUGGCGGCGGAGGUAGUGGCUGAGGUGGCGGCUGAGUGCCGCCAUUGCAAGAUGUGUCUGAGGACGCUACCUGCGACUACCCCUGGCCGAGUCAAAGGCAAGACUUGGCAGUGUCGCACAUGCUUGUCCUUGCACAGCAUGCUCUACAGGAACUUGGGUCCUGGUGUUCUCGAGGAAUGGAAUGAGGAGCAGAAGCGGAGCUUCUUCCAGAAGGGUAUUGCGUCGUGUCCUGCCCAGGGCAACGCGUCGUGGGAGACUGUGCGCACGUGCGUCGUGCAAGUGCAGACGAAAGCUCGCCUGGAAGAAUCCGGCUCGCAGGUUGUGUCGGAGUCGCUUCCCAUGGGUGUAUGGCUGCAACGAGGCUUUGACAAGGAAGCGGUGGAGAACUUUGCAGACUCCCGCUGCCCGAAGCUAGGACAGCUGUACAGUGUGCCAGUGCGAUCUGAUAUCUGGCGUGAGGUGCGGAGUAAGGUGGAGCAAGAGAUUUUGCAGCGUGAGAAGGAUGUGCGCAAGAAGGCGAAGGGAAAGAAGCGUAAGCAAGCGGAUGGGGAGGAGGAGCAGGCAAACGCUGACGAAGAGGAGUGGGACGUGGCUCCUGCCCAGAAGCCUAUGGCUUUCCUGGGCGCGGCCAAGGCGAAAGCACAGAAGCCUGCGCGCGAGGAGAAGGAAGCCGACAAGCAGAAGCGCCUGGACAAGGAGAACAAGAAGACCGACAAGGACAACGAGCGCAAGAUGAAUGACGCUGUCAAGGCAUUGGCAGCUUUGACGCCCUUGGCUAAAUCUUUGGGGGCCAUAAAGGCUCAGGCUCAGAAGCUUUCUUUGCCACUGGCAACUUUGGAGGCAGCCUUGAUGGAGACAGAGGAGAAGAAGACGCAGGCCAAUGCCCUGGUCACGUCUCAGAACCAUGUGGCGGCACAUGUGCCUUUGCCGCCUUUGCCGUUCACUGUGGAGGACCUCAAGAACCAUGUGAAGGCCACGAAGAGCUUGCUGGCCCAAACCAGGAAAGACGUGAGGGCCGCCAAAGACGCGAAGGCUGCUGCUGAGGAGGGCAGUUGA